GGCCUGUUCUAUAAUUACGCUCUUUUCACAUAUCAACAACGAAAGUUAUGUUCUCUGCUGUCUAAAUACCCUUCUGUCCGUCGCUGAUUGCUGUUCUUCCUGUGGUCUUGCUUGUUUUUUGCACUUUACGCUCUCUAUUACCACAGUCUUUUGACAUCGCAUGCGAAUCAAAUCAUCAUCGCUAGCAUGUGUGUAAUGCAGAUUCGCUCGCUCGCCGUCGUUAAGAUCCUUGCUGUCGUGCCGCUGCUGCUGUUGCUACUACACGUCCAGUCAGCCUGCGCGCAUGGCAGCAAGUAUGACUCGACGCCUAACAUCUACCCAUCCCUCCUCGGAGGUCGCAACCCGACCGACACAGACUGGAACCUCGCCUACAUCAAAGCCCGCGAAUUCGUCUCCCAGCUCACGCUUCUCGAGAAAGUCAACCUGACGACCGGCACCGGCUGGCAAAUGGGCCCCUGCGUCGGCAACACGGGCUCGGUCCCGCGCCUCAACUUCUCCGCAAUCUGUCUCCAGGACGGCCCGCUCGGGAUCCGGUUCACGGACCUCAACUCGGCGUUUCCGGCGGGUAUUGCCACCGGCGCGACGUUUAACAAGAAUCUGAUGUACCAGCGCGGGAACGCGCUCGGGCUGGAGAACAAAGCAAAGGGAAUCAAUGUCGCGCUCGCGCCGUGCAUAGGUCCUAUAGGACGCGCGGCAGAGGCAGGCCGUAACUGGGAGGGUUUUGGCGCCGAUCCGUAUUUGCAGGGUAUUGCGGGCGCUGAGACAGUUCGGGGAAUCCAGGACGCGGGAGUGAUUGCGACCGCGAAGCAUUACCUGCUUAACGAGCAGGAGCAUUUCCGUCAGUACGCCGAAUGGGUAGGCUUUGGCUUUGACGACCUCAAGGAGCCGUACUCCGCCAACGCCGACGACCGCGUCUUGCGCGAGAUCUACGUCUGGCCGUUUGCCGAGGCCGUGCGCGCGGGCGUCGGGUCCGUGAUGUGCUCGUACAAUCAGGCGAACCAGAGCCAGGCUUGCCAGAACUCGUAUCUGCUCAACAAGGUUCUCAAGGACGAGCUGGGGUUUCAGGGAUUUGUAAUGUCGGACUGGCUCGGGCAGCGCUCGGGCGUUGCGUCUGCGCUCGCGGGAAUGGAUAUGACGAUGCCGGGCGACGGUAUCGCCUGGGCCGACGGCGUCUCGCUGUACGGACCAAACUUGACUUUGGCCGUCAUGAACGGGUCCGUUCCGACCUGGAGGCUGGACGACAUGGUGACGCGCAUCAUGGCCGCGUACUUCAAGGUCGGCCAGGACCCAAGCACGUACCCCGAGCCGAAUUUUUCAUCCUGGACGCUGGAUACCAAAGGAGAUUACUUCCCUUCGAUCGACGAUAGUCCGUACGGGGUCGUCAAUCAGCACGUGGACGCGCGGUCGAGCGUUAGCAGUCAGGUCACGAGGCAGAUCGCGUUGGAGAGUGUGGUACUGCUCAAGAAUGAGAACGAGGUGCUGCCGCUGGCGGAUUUCAAGAAGUUGGCGGUGGUGGGAUCGGCUGCUGGGCCGUUUUCUGGAGGGCCGAAUGGAUGCGAAAACAGGGAUUGCAAUAAUGGCACUCUGGCGACCGGAUGGGGAUCUGGAUCUGUCAAUUUUCCAUACAUGAUUACGCCUGUGGAAGUAAUCAACUACAGAGCCGCCAUGAGCGGAUUCCAGGUCGACUACUUGCUCGAAGACUACGACCACACUGCCGCGAGUACUUACGCCUCCGCUGCCGACGUCGCGAUUGUGUUUGUCUCCUCCGACUCUGGCGAAGGAUUCGUCGACGUCGAAGGGAAUCUCGGCGACCGGAACAAUCUUAAGCUAUGGCACGGCGGCGACGAGCUGAUUAAAGCUGUUGCGGCGGUGAAUUCAAAGACAGUGGUGGUAGUCGAGGCCGUGGGCGCGGUCGAUAUGGAGGAGUGGAUCGAGCACGAGAACGUGACUGCCGUUUUGUACUCGCUUGUUCCCGGACAAGACAUCGGCUUCGGUCUCGCGGACGUCAUCUUUGGCGCGUACAACCCGUCCGGCCGCCUGCCGUUCACGAUCGCAAAGGACAAAGACGACUACCCCGCGAGCGUGGUCUACAACGUGACCUCGCCCGUGCCGCAGAUCAACUUCACCGAGGGCCUGUACGUCGACUACCGCCAUUUCGACAAGCAGGAGAUCACGCCGCGGUUCGAGUUUGGGUUUGGGAUGAGUUACACGAAUUUCACGUUUAGCAAUUUCACCGUCACUGUCGACGAGGAAGCGGAUACGGGCGAGUAUCCUACCGCGCCGGAGGCGUAUCUUGCUCCUGUGUUUUAUAACGGGACGAAUAGUUCGCUGCCGGACAAGAGCGACGUCGAAUAUCCCAAAAACUUCCGCAAGUUUGAAAAUUUCGUGUAUCCAUACCUUACCGCGAGCGAAGCCAAGAAGAUCGAGUAUGAUGCCGACGCGUAUCCGUACCCGGACGACUACUCCGAGACGCAGCCAGACGAGCCCAGUCCAGCGGGCGGCGCGUCCGGCGGCAAUCCCGCGCUGUUUGACAACCUCGUGAGUGUCACGGCCGUGAUCACAAACACCGGCACGCUCGACGGCGCCGAGGUCGCGCAGGUGUACCUGUCGUACCCGUCUGACGCGGAGGUCGAGUUCCCGGUCAAAGCUUUGCGCGGGUUCGAGAAGGUGGAGUUGCAGGCGGGGCAAUCGUACGAGGUGACGUUUUAUUUGACGCGCAAGGAUUUGAGUUAUUACGAGGUCGAGACGGGGGAGUGGAGGAUUCCGAGGGGGGAGUUUGAGGUGUUGGUGGGGAGAAGUAGUCGGAAGCAUCAGGUGGCGGGGUCGUUUACUUUGGAGUGAGCGAGCUGUAUAUUACCUUUGAGAAGGAAGAGAGAGAACCAAAAGUGUUUUAAUAAAAAAAAACUGAGAUUAAGAGUUUAGAUAAUCAGAUUACGCGGGAUGAGAAGGAAACAAAAUAGCCCAACACCUUAUGCACAAAAUUGGAAAAAAUACCAACACAAAAUAACAAGAAAACCAAAGACCAAGCAUAUUUUAAGACUUCGAUCAGAUGUAACUCCAAUCGAAGCAAUCCUGGCAC